AUGCCCGAGCUUGACACUGGCAUGGCCGGCCGGGAGCCGCCAUGGUUGGGCUUGAUGAAGCUGGCGCGGUCAUGGCUCUCGGAGGUCAGUGGAGGUCCAGCCGUCAGGGCUGAGAUUGGAAGUUCUAGCCUGGUUCUCCGUCGGUCGUCGCUCAGGCUUCGCGGCCUUGGCCACGGUGGCGGAGGCGGGGUUCAAGGCGGCGAGGAGAUGAAGCGGGAGACGGGGGCAGUGGCGAGGGGGAGAAGGAGGGGGACGGGGACGGGGAGGAGGAGCGGGGGGUUCUCCUCCUCCGAGGGCUGGGCGGGGUCGGGAGGAGGGGAGGAGGAGGGGGCGUUGGCGUCGGCAGCUGCGGCCAUGGGCGGCGGCGGUGGCGGCGGGGGUCAAAUCUGGGGAGACGGGGGGCGGGCGGAGGAGAAAAAGGGAGGAGGCACAGGAUAG